AUGAAUAACGAGACGACUUUCACAGCAGGUUUUGUAUUACCUUUACUUACAGUCAUUCAUGGUUCAAUAGCUAGUAUAAUGUCAACUAUUGUCUUCUUUAUUAUUAUUUAUCAUCAACAUAAUAAUCGAAUAAAACAAGAAGAAAGAAUUACUUUCAUCUUAUGUGCUAAUAUUUAUCUUUGUAUUUUUCUUUGUUCAACUAUGUUACUUCUACUAAAUAUUCAAACAUUGUUAGGUGAUCUUUAUGGUCUAAAUUUUGAUUCAACACAAUGUAUAUUUUUUGGAUACCUUAAUCUUAUUUUUAUCUAUACUUUAUAUUAUGGAUUCGUUACUCAAGCUUUAUACCGACUUUGCCGUAUUGUAUAUCCAACAUACAGAUGGUUUCAAAUAUAUUGGCUUUAUAUUAUCGCAGUACCAGUUCAACUUAUUAGUGCUUGUUUAAUUAUGUGUCCACUAAUUAUUCGUCAUGAUAUUAUUUAUAUACCUGAUUUAUAUCAGUGUUUUAUACCAAAUCACAAUAUUCUCGGCACUGUUUGGAUAAUAGUUUUUAUGUAUGGACUGCCUAUUUUUUCUUUAUUAGUUAUUUAUAUUCAUAUAACGACACAUAUUCGUCAACAAUCAACUAAUCAGACGAUAGCUGUCAAACGUCGACAAGCGCGAGAUUUUGUUGUCAUUCGACGCAUUAUAAUUCUUAAUAGUAUAUUAUUUACUCUGGGAGCGCCGGGCAUGAUUCUGUUGGUCAUCAAUUAUAUCACAGGAAAUGAACUAACUCUCAAUUAUCGUGUCACAUGGUUUUCAUUUGAACUAUCUAUGAUACUACUAAGUAUAUUAAUGAUUAUUAUGACACCUCAAUUGAAAACUAUUGUUAUAUCAAAAUGGAAACGAAAUAGAGUGAUACCUGUAGCUGCUAUUAUAGAAAAUUCAGUGCAAACAAGAACAGCUGGUACUCUUCAAUAA